UACAGAACUUCCAAAGAGCCUAAUGCAGCAAGUAUGUCUCCUUCAGUCAGAGUAACCUUCAGAGCAUUUUUAAGAGGUGACCUGCUGCUCUCCGCCAUGUUUUUGCUCUGUAUAUAUAUUGUCCGCUGUUACUUUGAUCUGUAACAAUAUUGUCCUACCGUUACGGGUCCUCUACCAUAAUACUCCAACAUUUUAAUUUCUACUUAUCGUUACUGAUUGUAUUACAGGUUGUGUAGCUUCACUUGGUAUGGAAAAUGGAGCAAUCUCUGAUGCCCAGAUAAGUGCCUCUUCUCAGUGGGAUGACAAUCAUGGUCCACAUAGAGCUCGAUUGAAUAGGAGAAGGUUCGGAAACAAGAGGGGAGCCUGGAGCGCUUUAAACAAUGACAUUUAUCAGUGGCUUCGGGUUGAUCUUGGGAAAUAUACCACAGUGACUCGCAUAGCGACUCAGGGCAGAAGUGAUUUGAACCAAUGGGUUACCAAGUACAGGUUACAGUACAGUGAAGACGGAGUGAACUUCCGUUUGUACAAAGCACUAGGACAAGAUUCAGCAAAGGUACGCCCGGAUAGUCUUCUUCUCGACCCAUGUUAUGUCACCCGGAUUCCUGAAUCCUGCAACUUUUUACAUGUAGAAUUUGGAAUCCUGGGAAUGCAGCUCGAGGAAUAAGGAAUUCUGUGUUUUCACUCACGUGGCCAGCAUCUAUGCAAAUUUAUUGAAACAAAAGAAAGCUUUUAAGACCCAAUGUCUGUAAUUUUCGAGAAUCGGUUGACAGUCGUGAAUUUUCGAAUUUCUUCAUAUUUUGCCUACAUAAUCUCUAUAGUACACUUAUUUCAAAAAUCACAUUAAAACUUGUAACUGCUUUUUAUUUUUUCCUGAAUCAGGCAAAGUUUGAAAACGCCAAAUCGGCGCUCUUUCGAGUAUGAAAUUAGCGAAAAUUAAGCAUUUUCUUCGCGCUCGUACAUAAAAACGGGAUGACAUCUCUAAAUAAAAACAAGUCACAAGGAAAACAAAGACUUGUACUUUAUAAUUCUGCAAUUUGACUGUGUUGGCCGCAAGAAGGAACACGAUUUCGGCUCUUUUCAAAAAUGGCAAAUUUGACCUAACUUCACCAUCGAAAAAUACAACUGAUACAUGGAAUUUCAACAUGAAACAAACACUGUUUUAAAGUAUAUUCUUUACCGUUUCUUGUGUUAAAAAAAUUUUGGCGGCAUCACAAAAGUGCGUCGCUGAGACACCGAAACGUGCAGCGUAGUUUCGCACGUUGGAACGCUGAAUUAACAAGCUAGCCGCGAGUGUAGGCACACAAAAGUUUUUGCUAACUUACCUUCUUUUACAAGGGGCACAUUACGGGAAGCUCUAAAAAUCUUUUGAAAAACGCUUUUCAAUUUGAUGGUUAUAAAAAAGAACUAAGUAGAUUAACACUGCAUUUGAUUGCACGAAAGUAGCUGAAAAAGACAACGCUGUUGAGUUCUCAUGGAGUGUAAAUAUUAACUUCGAGUUUCUGCACCUAAAAUAAAGCCGCUAGAAACGGCGUGCUAGCUCUAAAUAGGAUUCGAGAUCUCUAAGAAUUACUUACCACAGUCGUUUCAACCGCAAGUGGUCGCAGUUUACUGAAAUCUUCCGUCGUUUAGCCUCAGACUAAACGCUGUGAUGCGUGAUGAAAGCCCGUGUGUAAUUUGAGUCUGGUCACGUAACUGUACAGACAAGGAUAAAUCAUCGCACGAGUGUACAAUUAACACUGGUUUUUUUUAGUUUUAUAUUUUAUAUUCCCAAAACAUGUGGAACUAAACCUGAUUUUAGGAUGUCACCAGCCGAAACUCAAAUAGAGAAAGAAAAGAAAUAGAGUAAGCCGAGUCUGCAAAACUUUUCACACUAGUUUUUCUUAUUUGCACUUAGCCUUCUGCGCCUUUGCUUGUAAUAAACUAAUCUUAACCCCGCUUAGCGUAUAGACUUCUUUAUCGAUCACCUCAGUAUGAAUUGAGGGAUUUAGGUACACACGUACACCAUAUGCAACAUGAGGGUAGAGCAGAGAAAUGGAAACGAGUGAAACUGUUUAAAGAAAAUUGGCCAAUGCUCCGCAAAAGAAUAUUCCUGAAAAACCACAAAUCGAAAAUGGACAAUGGACACAUUUGAUGAGCGAAAUACAAGUAUUUAACAUGUUUAAAUUACUGAAAGUAGUAUUACUUUGCUCCUCUGCAGCAAGGGCACCUUCUGGCGAGACCUCAACCUGCUGUUGACGAAUUGUACUGAUCCCUCGCCCCCCGAACAGAGGCCCUUAAAGGCCAGUCCACACAGUAUGGGGUAGACCAGAAUGUACGUACUGCUAGCUCCCGCCUGAAAAAAGUUGUAGUCACCUGGCUCUAUCCGCCACCAUCCCCCCGGCACUUGUUCGCAGGCUAGAAAAUAAACCAAUUCCCUGAUAAGUUCUUUUUCAUAACAUCAAAAUCCGUCGCGAAAAUGAAAAAAAUGCUUUAGAGAGCCUCAGCCAUUUUACUUACUAUCUUUUAACCAAAUACGUUGCGGAGAAAAGAGAUAAAAGGCUGAAAACAGCCUUUCAUUUCGAUUUAAAAUUUCAGAUGGAGAAUGCCCUUUUCCUAGGUCUGCACCUGCAGUGACUUGUGUGCUAAAACUCCUUCGUGGUGGUAUCUCUCAGGCAAGAACGACCGCCUAGCGGCGAGGAGCGAGGAGAGAAGUCAGUGGCCAUUUUCGAAAACAAAAAGAAGUGUAAAGGCAGCACCUUCGUCGCUCAGAAAACGUCUGCGUAUAUAAUUUUCUUCAGGCCGCACAGAGUCAUCAAUUAAUGUGCUUUUACGGACCCCUUUUAAAUGAGCAGCCAGCAUGGCCAGUAGGCUGUUCUGAAACGGUACAACGUGCUUUGUUCUCCGCCACCCGGAACCAAACAUUUAGCGGUGGUGAGGAAAAACUUUUGAUUUUAUGCGCCAAUUUUGUGGAUCAAGCAAAGUCUGUUAGCUCUAAAUGUAGUGAUAAAGACAUGAAUUUUUGUAUGUGUAGGGUUGAUCCUUAAGGAGAACCCAAUGCCAACCAACCCACCCAUCUCCUCCUCCUUCCCGAUAGUAGACUUUUCAUGACGUUAGCAUAAUCACCUGAGACCUCUUGUAAAGUUCACUAAAAUAAUAGCAAGCACCUUCGUAGCCUGUUCACAGACCCUCUACUUUUUCAUUAGAGAUCGUCGAUCUAUUUUCUCUUUGGAGAUCGUCGAUUUUGCGUAUGAAAAUAAAAGCCACGGGGGAUUUAUUGACCAGUAGAGCAGGGGGCUCUCUCUCGCGCACUCGCUUCGCUCGCGUGCUCGUCUAUUUUCGAAACGAAAGAGGAGUGUAAAAGCUGCCCAUUCGUCGCUCAGAAAUCGUCUGCGUAUAUUAUUUUCAGUUCAGGCCAUACGCAGUCAUCAAUCAAUGUGCCUUUAUGGACCCCUCUAUGAGCAGCCAGUAGGUUGAUCUAGAACGGUACCACGUGAUUUGUUGCACCGCUACCCGGAACCAAACAUUUAGAGGUGGUGAGGAAAAACUCUUAUUUUCAUGCGCCAAUUUUGUGGAUCAAACAAAGAUCACCUAACGUAAAUGCAGAAAACCUUACUUUUAUCAUUAGCAUGGUAGGGUCGAUGUUUGGUUAUUGCCCUACAUACUCACGUGACUAACAAGUCAGGAGCAUACCAAGUGACUCACGACAUCUUUUCUAUGAUCGCAAUAUGUUCAGCAUUACUGUGGCCACAGGCGCCACAAACCAAGUUUGAAUAUGUGCGAGAUGCUAUACGAACAUAAAACAAAGACUUGCACCGUAAAACACUUAUACCAGGAAUUUCUUUUUCGGCGCGUUACGCGUCACGCACUUCCAGAAUGUCAUCUUCCCUCGUGUUGACAGAUUGAAAACAUAUACAAACUUAACUUUGAUUCUGCCGUGAUGCAGAAUUUAGUUAGCGGUACUGUGACCCCGUCUAGCAUUUAAAUUCAGGUAAGUAAAUAACUUCUGAUAUUAAGGUUUCAAUACGAUUAAAACUAUAGCAAGCGAGUAUUUCGACAAUAUUCCCCUCUACUAACUGUGAUUUGAACUGCGUUUAUCGCAAAAAUCAGUUGAAAGGAAUCAUGUUAAACCGAACAGAAACGCCGAAAUAUAAUCUGAAACCGUUACAACUCUGACUAGGGCUUAAAUGUCGAAGUAACUUAGGUUUGCGAAGGAUUAAUAUUCCAAGCGUUGAAACUUGCUUGUUGCAUGCGCUUACAUGGUGUCAAAAUACCCUUCAGGUUUUGGUCUCUCGACGGUGUGCAUUUGGAAUGCCGCCAGAAAUAUUUUAACACAAACAACAGCAAAGGAUAUGCUUCAAUACAGUUCUUGUUUCAUAUUAAAAUUCCAUGUACCAACUGGGUUUUUACGAUGGUGAAGUUAGGUCAAAUUUGCCAUUUUUGAAAAGUGUUGAAACCGUGAUUCUUCUUGCGGCCGGUACAGUCACAUUUAAACGGUUUAUUUAAAGUUAACUGCUGAAUUAUGGAGUAAAAAUGUGUGUCUGUUUUGUGACUUGAUUUCACCUAGAGAUUCCGUUUUUAUGUACGAGCGCGAAGAAAAUGCUCAAUUUUCGCUAAUUUCAUACUCGAAAGAGCGCCGAUUUAGAGUUUUUCGAACUUGCCAGAUUCCUGAAAAAACAAAAAGCUGUUACAAGUUUUAACGUGAUUUUUGAAACUAUACUAUACUACUACUAUACUAUACUAGUGUACUAUAGAGAUUAUUUGAGCAAAAUAUGAAGAAAUUCAAAAAUUCAAGACUGUCAACCGAUUCUCGAAAAUUACAGACAUUGGCUCUUAAAUAAGAAAAGAAUUCAACUCCCACAGGACUGGUUUGGGACGCAAACAUGGCCGCCGUUUCAUUGUUUUGGGACACAAAUAUGGCCGCCAUGACGUCAUGUGAAAACACACAAUCAGGAAACCAGUAGCUGAAAUGACGAGUCCACAGUGUGAAAUCCAGAAUCCCAAAAAAUAAGCCUCUCCAUGUAUAAGCCCCACCAAACUCGUAACGCAAAAAAACCUCCGUUAAAUCGCCCCUCCAAAUAUAAGUCCCCCGGGGCUAGUACUUGGGAAUUACCCUCAAAUACAACGUAAAACAAAGCAAGAACGGUAAAUUUCCUUCAAACUAUAAGGCUAGCCAAAUCGAUUUUGAAACGCAAAUUUCCCUACAUAGAUUAGCCCCCCUGAGUAAAAGCCCCUCCAAAAAUAAGCCCCUCAAAAAGUGCCUUUGAAAAUAUAAAAGUCCCGGGGCUUAUUUUCGGAAUUUUACGGUACCCUACAUCAGGCGAUUUCCUCUCUACGUUACUUGGUACUUUCUUUUAAAUACCAUCAAAACAUAAAUGACCAAAAUUCUCUUUCUAUUUUUAUUAUUUAUAUUGAUUAGCCUGAAUUUCAGCCGUCUCAACUAGUCGCAAACUCCCAAGAAGCUCUCGGGAGUUUGCGACUCGAGGAGGCGGCUGCAAUUCAGGAUAAGUAUAAAUCUGCUAGCUUCAACAAAAUUCAUUUACAGUCCAAAAGUUUCAAAGUCAAUGAUAAUUAAAAAUACAUCAGUCUGUAAAAUUAUUAUUUACUAUGUUUGGAUAGCUGUUUGAUGGAAAUAAUGACAGAAAUACCAUCGUUUACCAAACAUUGAGCCAGCCAAUCAGAGCACGUUACAUCAGGAUACUUCCGGAGGCUUGGUACGGACACAUAUCAAUGAGAAUGGAACUCUAUGGCUGUGCAGGUAUUUUUUUAUUCCCCUAUUUCAGGACAUUUCAACUCGCGACCUUCACACCACAAUGGAAUCCCAAGUCAUAUACCAUAAUAAACCGAAAUUGCAGCGGACCUCGCGAAGUUUUUUGCGGGCCCCAUAGCUAAGAAAAUUUCUCCGUCCGAGAAAUUUUGGUAGUCACGUGACCUUACGUCCGUCCUUCCACCCGUCCGUCUGAACUACAGGGUAACCAAUGUGAAAUAUCACACUUUCUACUAUUGUGGGAGCCCUCAACCUGAUUUUCGACAACCACGUUGUGGUCAAUUGACGACUGUCAAAACAGGCUAUCCGCUGACCAUUAUCACAUGACCAUAUCGCGGGCUCAGGUGUUGACCCAUCGGGGUAAGUGUUUGUUUUGAUGUUAUCGGUUGUCAAGUUAGUAUUUUUCAACUGAUCACACGCUCAAGUCCGAGUGAAUUUCUUUGAAUACUUGCAAGUUUAUUGUUUGAAGCAAAGUUUAAAUUUAUCAACGAGACCUUUGCCUUUAACCUUGGCUAAAUCUAUUUAUUAGUUCAGUAGAGCAUCCCGUCUUUCUUAGACUUUUCGGCUUUGACCUUAGUCUGCUACACAGCCGUUUUUAGUGUCACAGAGCGAGGCUGAUUUUGGAAAUUCGACAGGGGCGUCUCUAUCUCUUGUCAGAUCAGGAGGCUUCCCAACUGUGCACUGAACUUUUAAUUAUUUCUCUGUUUUACAAGACUUUUCUGAAUUUAUCCAAAAGGUUUGAGUGUUGGCUUUUACUGUUUCAUCAUAGACUAUCCAUUACAAAAUUAAUGCAAUAUCUAACAUAGGUUCCUUUUACUGAUCUGUUUCACGCUUAGCCUGUGAAGCGCCUCUUGGCAUGGAAAACGAAGCAAUUGCAGAUUCCCAAAUAAGCGCAUCUUCUCAGCUGGAUGACCGACAUUCUGCAACGAAAUCCAGAUUGCAUUUCAAAACAGACGAAAACAAAGAUGGAGGCUGGUCAUCUCUCACAAGUGAUCCCAACCAGUGGCUGCAGGUGGAUUUUCGUAGCUAUGCUACAGUGACACAUGUCGCGACUCAGGGAAGACACGCCCACAAUGAAUGGUUACUUAACUACAAAUUAAAAUAUAGUGAUGAUGGCGUGACAUUCCAGACUUACAGUGUGCCAGGAACCAAACUCCCAAAGGUACGGCUCUCUCUUGAGUAAAGGCUCUUUUUCACGGUUUUUUCAAAAGAAAUUGCGCUCUUAUACUCCUUCUAUUUAACUAUGAAGCUUGCAGUAGAUUAAAUUAAACGAUGUUUUCUGUUCAUUUGGAUUGGCAUGCCUACGUUUUACUCGAUUGAAAUAGCGCCUCUCAAGAACUCCUGUUAUCAUGCAUUUUCCUCCAUGUCCCUGGAAACAUUCCGUGCCCUCCGAGUUCUGUCGACGUAAGUACACGGUAAAUGUUUGUUAUCACCGUUUAGGUUUUUGAUGGAAACAAGGACGGUGACAGCGUUGUGACCAAAGAAUUGAAUCCACCAAUCACAGCCCGCUUUAUACGGAUUUUACCAACCAAGUGGAAUAACCGGAUUUCCAUGAGAAUGGAGCUCUAUGGUUGUGCAGGUAUUCUGAAGUAAUUUGUGAGACUUCUUGCAACUUAACAGAACCUAUUGACUGAGUGUUUUUAAUUCUUCACCUGCUUAGAAAACAGGGCAUAUCAACUACAAGGUUCAUUGAAGUAAAUUUUCCCCUUGUAGUUUUAAAACGUACUGUAAGCAGCCGCUUGCUAUUUAAGCCACAAGGAACGCACUCUUUUAUAUCUCUAGGCCACUUCUCUAAUGAACGGAAUAAUAAAAAAAAAAUAAGUCUACACGUUACAAUCCAAACCUAUUUUACAUUUCAUCUAUUGAUAUUCCUUGUUAUAUUUAUGAUCAAGCUUGCUUCGCCCCACUUGGAAUGGAAAAUAAUGCCAUUUCAGACGGCCAGAUAAGCGCCUCUUCGCAAGAAGAUGACGAUCAUGCCGCAAACCAAGCCAGAUUGCAUGCUAAGAUAAGUAGCGGCAAAAGCGGUGGCUGGGCUGCUCUUCAAAAUAAUGUUAACCAAUGGCUUCAGGUGGAUCUUGGAACUUACACCAGAGUAACACGGGUGGCCACUCAGGGAAGAAAUUCCUUUAGUGGAUGGGUGACCAAGUAUAUGUUACAGUACAGUGACGAUGGAUUCAUCUUUCGGUCUUACGAAGAAGCAGCUAACACCUCCGCAAUGGUAAGUCUUUGCUCGCGUGCGUAGAUGUUAAAUCUCGAACACAAAACUUGAAAUGAUCAGUCGUAUUCGUUCUAGUGACAACUCCAGCGUUUUUAUCAAAUAAACCCUAAGGCUAAAAGUACCUCAUGGUAUGCCUUUUUUUCCUGUGGGGACUCAACAAACUUUUAUUCAAGGAGGCACCGCCCCGAGGUCCAGCACCUUACCCUUUUAUUUUACUAUUUUUGAUGGAAAAGGUACCCCAUUCGUACAGCUUCUAUUGACAAAUGAUACCACUUUCACAUACCUAAUUCGGAACGAAGACUGCAAAAAAAGUCGGUUUUUCUCCUUUAAAAUCGAUUUUUUAAGCCACCCACGUAAGAUUUUCGCACGAAGCAUACAAGCCUUACAAGCCCAGAGCGCUCCAGGACUUUUCUUUGACCGUUCUCGUGUUCUUGACCAACGCAAAAAUACGGGUUGUUUUGCUGAACCAGCGCUGAACACAGCGAUAUCAAGGAAGACUGGUUGGUUCCCCACUUGUAGCAGUUCGGGAGCGUUCAUCGUGAAUGCCAUCAAUGAUAUUUACAAGUAACUGUCAAUAACAGUCUUAUUAGGGACUACGUUCACCCGGACGAUCAUACUUAUGAAAUUACUCCUGGUUUUAAACCUUUCACAGUUUCUUAUUACUUUGAUUAUACUUUUUUAGAUUUUUGUUGGAAACAAAGACAGCGACACGGUUGUGUACAACAUUUUAAAACCACCAAUCACAACACGCUUCAUUCGAAUUUUGCCGGUGGAGUGGCACAGUCAGAUAUCAUUGAGGAUUGAAAUUUAUGGCUGUCCAGGUAUUCCGAAAUGUGUCGAAAAACAAUAAGUCAUAACUAAUUAUUUAUACAAAGAGCCUGUCUAUAUUCUGUCCCUGUUAGCCCUAUUAUCGACUUGUCAUAGUAUGAAGACACCAAUCAACUAAAGGCAAAUUUUGGUGCAAUAUCUGUAGAAUCUGGUUACUUUGACAAAUAGUUCUCUUCUCCUUCAUUCUGGCGCUUUAUUGAUCCUCACCUAGUUUGUACUAGAUGGUGCUCUAAUUUGACGGCGCUUCUAUUUGUUUCUAUAAAAGUGUUUGAAAAUGAAUUCAGGAAAUUCGCUUCACUUAAGCCAAAGAUUGCCAGGAUGUUUAGACAAAUGAUUAGACAUAUUCAUGCAUUUAUUCAGGUUGUGUAACAUCACUUGGAAUGGAAAAUCGAGCCAUUUCUGAUGCCCACGUAACAGCCUCGUCACAAAUGGAUGACACCAAUUCCGCACGAGAAGCCCGAUUGCAUUCUAAGUCAAGUGGGAACCAAAGAGGUGGCUGGGUAGCUCUCAAGGAUGAUCUCAACCAAUGGCUUCAAGUGGAUCUUGGCACUUUCACCAGAAUAACACGUGUGGCAACUCAAGGAAGAGAUGGGUAUGAUCAGUGGGUGACCAAGUACAGGUUACAGUACAGUGAUGACGGAGACAUCUUUCACUCUUUCAAAGUGUUGGGGGUUAAUUCAGCGAAGGUAUGGCUGUCAAAGUUUUGGCAGAACUCUUCUAGUCCUCGGAGAAAUUUGUGAAAAUCCUAUGAAAGCGCAACCAGCUCACUAAUCAAUAUUGUAACUUCCAGAUUUGUUGAUUUAUAGCUUUCUGGAAUUUUUCCUAUAUUUAGGUUUUUACAGGGAAUCAGGAUAACGGCACAGUUGUUUACAACUCACUGAGUUCACCAGUCACGACUCGCUUCAUUCGGCUGAUUCCAGUGGGGUGGCAUAGUCGCAUAUCGAUGAGAAUAGAGAUCUAUGGCUGCCCAGGUACUGAGGAAAGAUUUCAUAUAAAUAAUGUAUUUCCCCUUUGGCUUUGCUUUUGCCACUACCACUUUCAUCAUGCCAUUACCUGAAACAUUGCGAUCAUCAUCCCAAUCUCGCCUCAUGUAAAGUAAUCCGAAUUUCGGAAUCCUUGAAAUGUCGCUUGUGGAAUCCGAUAUCUUAAGGGGACUGAACACAAUUUUGCGGCGGUAACUCGCGUGACUGCGCCUGUUUUAAAUUAGACAAACAAACAUGGCGGCGAAAAAAGCAAUGGUACACAGAGGAUAUUUGGCAGAAUUUUCACUUUGAUUGUAUUUUAGAGAAUGAGAACUUUAAAAUGGAAGUUGAUUAGACGAAUUUUGUGACACAUUUAAUAAUUACAGUACAAUUGUAUUAUUGAUUAUCUAAAAACCCGUCCGUUAAAAUUUGGUCAAAUACGUUUUAAAGGGGUAGUGAUUACUUAUAGUAGGCUGUGUGCAAGUUUAAACGAAAAUCUAAUGAGCGAAUUUUAUGUAAACUGAGCAAAAGUAAAAUUUUAAGGUUGUAUUCAAUCGUCACAUUUUACCUGUCAAUCAAAAUCUUUCAUCAGUAUAUUUUUCACUUGCCAAGUUUCAGCUUGCGAGCUGCAACCUUUCUCUUGCCAUGAUUUGGCAAAUGACAUUUACUCACAAACUGCCAAAACUGUGUUCAGCCACCUUAAGCUUUAGAAUCCUGAAUCCUGCUAACGAUUAGAAUCUGGAAUCUAAGUUCCACUGUCUAGGAAUGCGGAAUCCAUUUCCUGGAAUCCGGAAUCCAAGACCGUUGAAUUGAGAAUCCAAGACUGUCUUGGAUUAAUGGACAUUGGGCAACCAAUCGCCUUGACACCACUGUUAUCCCCAACAUCUGGAUCUCAACCAUCUCCCUAUUGUCUUCCCUCGAUUACUUCCCUUCAAAUUGAUUACAACCCUGGUUAGAAAGCUUGUUUAUCCUGAUCUUACCAACUUAGGUUGUACGGCAGCACUUGGAAUAGCUCUCAGAUCAAUCACUGAUGCCCAGAUAAGCGCGUCUUCAAAACUGGACAACACCCAUUCUGCUGCACAAGCCAGGCUGCAUUCCAAAGUAGUAGGAAGCAAAUAUGGAGCCUGGUCAGCACAUGAAAAUGACCAUCAUCAGUGGCUUCAAAUUGAUUUUGGAAGCUCCACCAAAAUUACACGGCUGGCCACUCAGGGAAGAAAUGGCUUUAAUGAGUGGGUGACCAAGUACAACUUAAGUUACAGUGAUGAUGGUGUACAUUUUCAUUCCUACAAGAUGGUAAGAGUAUCGAGGGCAAAGGUAUCUCUUAGACCCCAUAUCUAA